UAAUUUUGGUAUGCUUAAAAUCUGAACUGUUAAUUAGACUUGUAAGACUUUGAAUUGCUUUUCUUUGAACAAAGUGGAGACAGAUAAGAUGUAAAAUCAGAAUUGUGAUGAAGAACUGAUAAUUGUGAAUAGAAGAAGUAAAUAUUGGUUCUUUAAAGAGUUCAUUUGUUCAGUUGUGCCUCAUUUUAAUAAAUUGUUUUCUGCCGAUAAAUUGAAAUCAAAGGAAAACAAAGUGACUCUGGAUUUUGAUGAACGUGCCUUUGAGGCUCUUCUUGCCUGGAUCCAUACAGAAUUAUUCAUCAUUAAAAUGGAUUAUGUGAUUAAUUUUUAUGACGCAGCUGAUUUGAUGACCAGAGAGCGUUUGUUUAAACCUUGUUUUGAGUAUUUCCAUAAAAAUUUCACCAUAAAAUAUCUUCCAGUUGUCUUAACUCAAGUUAAAAAAUCUUCCAAAUUGAUCAAUUCAGGAGCUAUUAACAGUUUUAUUUGUCGCCACUUUUUGAAGAUCGCUAACACGAAUGUUUUCUUGGAUUAUCCAGUUGAAACAGUUGAACAUAUUUUUAAAUUAGAUUUGAUGAUUUACUCAGAAUAUCAAGUUUUUGAAUCAAUCAUGAAAUGGGUGAAUAAAAAUGAAGAUUCAAGAAAAGAAGUACUGCCAAAGCUUUUGACAUUCGUGCGUUGGUCUUUCAUGGAUCCUGGUGAAUUAUCAAAGGUUAAGGAUAAUGAAUUAAUAAAGACUCUAAGAGAUUUUGAUUCAAUUAUUUCCUCUAAUGGUGACUGUGAAUCUAAUCGUACUAAACAAAACUACUUCGCCUCAAUCCAGGAAUUAGAUGAUCCUCCAAAGUUACGGAUAAAUAUAUUUGAUAAAGAUUUAUUUUGUUUACCAAUUGGAGAUUUUACCGAAGAUAAAACAAUGUCAACUGAAUUUGUUCAUGGAGAACACAUGUCAGAUAUAUUAUUUAAAACUGGAAGGGAUGUUUAUCGAGUUGACUGGGCCAAAAAGACAUUUACAUGGUUUGACACACAUAUUGCCUAUUAUCCGGUAAUUAAUAAUGCGAUUGUGAAUUUUCAGGAUAAUCUCAAUAUUCCUGCUAUUUGGAUGCUGAAGCUACUCCACUUGGUGAUGAAAUUCCCCGUAACUCAUAUUUAUUGCUUGAAUAUAAUGAUGGAUUUAUCUACAUCGGAGAAACUGAAGGAGAAAGGAAAUAUUUUGGUAUUUUCCCAGCGACUAAUUCGAGAUGGUUCGAUGGCUAUGGAAGGGGUUGCGAUCAUGAAUUCCAUGCGACUAUUUUGGACAAAGAUGUUUAUGUAUUCACUUCCCGCUCAGAUUUUUUCUCAUUUAAUAUGGAAACCCGUUCAUACAAUAAGAUUGAACUAUUUAAAGGUGCGAAAGAUCUGCGCUUACAUGAAUUAAUCUUAACGUCUCUUCAUAAAGAAGAUGAUAAAAUAAUUCUGAUCGAUAAACAGCGCGAAAAGUUUCAUGUUUAUUGCGUUAAACAGAAGAAAUGGUUCAAAAAGUCUGAACUCGUCAAUUUAAAUCGCAUAGAAGAAGGUUCAAAUGAAGAUACUUAUGAAUUAACUGCGUUCACCUCAACUUUUUUAUCGAUGAAAAAUAUAAAACCAUUGUUCAUGCGAAACUUUUUGUAACUCUUCCAGCUUUUUAACAGUACAAUAUAAUCAACAGUGAACGUUGAUUUCCGUUAUAUUCAAUAUUUAUGCAAAUUACAAAGUGUACUUUAGCAUUGAAUCCUUUUAUAUACAAAAAUCCAACCUUUUGCACCAAUUAAGUCAUUCACCGUUCUCUUGAUAUGCUUUGGCAUUGCACAGAGUCAAGUUCAGUUUCAUUUAUUUUUCGUAUAUUUAUUGAAUAUAUUUGAAACAAUAAUUUCAUUCUAUUCAGCAGUAGAUAUUUACUAAUUAGUAGAUAUAACAUUGUAUUUAUAAUGCAUCUUUCAUUUGCUCAACAAAUCACAAAUCUUUGUUUGAAUAAAAAUUUACUGACAAACUUUACUGGCCACAGCUUAUUUGAAUCUGCAUGAACCAGGGACACCGGUUAUUAAGAGUUAUUCAAACAACUGCCACAAGCAGUUAUGAGGUUUAAAGCACGAGGGCGUAGCCCGAGUGAAUUUUAUCUCACUCGAAGUUACAUGAUGAAA